GGCUGGUGUGUGGCUGCAGCAUGCAGACUGGGCGUACCCAGCUCAGAGCCUGCUGCACCUGACCCCUGACCGGGCCUCAUGCUGACCUCUGCGCUCUCCCAGGGGUCCUGCACUUGUCCCUUCCCCUCACUGCCCCUCUGCUUCUAGCCGGCCCGCUUGGCGAGUUUCCGGACAGGACCGAUGAGCAGCACGGAGCCGGAUGAUGAGCUCCUGGACCCGGACACGGAGCCCCUGCAGCCCUUUCCCAAGGAGAUUCCACACAAUGAGAAGCUGCUGUCCCUGAAAUAUGAGAGCCUGGACUAUGACAACAGCGAGAACCAGCUCUUCCUGGAGGAGGAGAGACGCAUCAACCACACAGCCUUCCGCACGGUGGAGAUCAAGCGCUGGGUCAUCUGUGCACUCAUCGGCAUCCUCACGGGCCUGGUGGCCUGCUUCAUUGACAUCGUGGUGGAGAACCUGGCCGGCCUCAAGUACAGGGUCAUCAAGGACAACAUCGACAAGUUCACGGAGAAUGGCGGCUUGUCCUUCUCCCUCCUGCUGUGGGCGGUGCUCAACUCGGCCUUCGUGCUGCUGGGCUCACUGAUCGUCGCCUUCGUGGAGCCAGUAGCAGCGGGCAGUGGGAUCCCCCAGAUCAAGUGCUUUCUCAACGGGGUGAAGAUCCCCCAUGUGGUGCGGCUCAAGACCCUGGUGAUCAAAGUGUCGGGAGUGAUCCUGUCUGUGGUGGGUGGCCUGGCCGUGGGCAAGGAAGGACCCAUGAUCCACUCAGGCGCCGUCAUCGCUGCAGGCAUCUCCCAGGGCAGGUCCACCUCCCUCAAGCGCGACUUCAAGAUCUUUGAGUACUUCCGGAGAGACACAGAGAAGCGGGACUUUGUCUCUGCCGGAGCUGCAGCGGGCGUCUCAGCUGCAUUCGGGGCCCCCGUGGGCGGUGUCCUUUUCAGCCUGGAGGAAGGUGCCUCCUUCUGGAACCAGUUCCUGACCUGGAGGAUUUUCUUCGCCUCCAUGAUCUCCACCUUCACCCUCAACUUCGUGCUCAGCAUCUACCACGGCAACGCCUGGGACCUCUCCAACCCCGGCCUCAUCAACUUCGGCAGGUUUGACACCGAGAAGGUGGUCUACACCAUCCACGAGAUCCCCAUCUUCAUCGCCAUGGGAGUUGUUGGGGGCGUCCUGGGAGCUGUGUUCAACGCCCUCAACUACUGGCUGACCAUGUUCCGCAUCAGGUACAUCCACCGGCCCUGCCUGCAGGUCAUUGAGGCCGUCCUGGUGGCCGCCGUCACGGCCACCGUGGCCUUUGUGAUGAUCUACUCCUCUCGGGACUGCCAGCCCUUGCAGGGGAAUGCUAUGUCCUACCCGCUCCAGCUCUUCUGCGCAGAUGGCGAGUACAACACCAUGGCAGCCGCCUUCUUCAACACCCCUGAGAAGAGUGUGGUCAGCCUUUUCCACAGCCCGCCAGGCUCCUACAACCCCCUGACGCUCGGCCUCUUCACACUGGCCUACUUCUUCCUGGCUUGCUGGACCUAUGGGCUGACCGUGUCCGCCGGCGUCUUCAUCCCCUCGCUGCUCAUCGGCGCUGCCUGGGGCCGGCUCUUCGGCAUCUCCCUGUCCCACCUCACCGGGGCUGCGGUCUGGGCGGACCCCGGCAAGUAUGCCCUGAUGGGAGCUGCUGCCCAACUUGGCGGAAUCGUGCGGAUGACGCUGAGCCUGACAGUCAUCAUGAUGGAGGCUACCAGCAAUGUCACCUACGGCUUCCCCAUCAUGCUGGUCCUCAUGACCGCCAAGAUCGUGGGCGAUGUCUUCAUCGAGGGCUUGUACGACAUGCACAUCCAGCUGCAGAGUGUGCCCUUCCUGCACUGGGAGGCCCCAGUCACCUCUCACUCACUCACCGCCAGAGAGGUGAUGAGCACGCCUGUGACCUGCCUGCGGAGGACCGAGAAGGUGGGCAUCAUCGUGGACGUGCUCAAGGACCCCACGUCCAACCACAACGGCUUCCCUGUGGUGGACGACGCUGAUGACACCCAGCCUGCCCGACUGCAGGGCCUGAUCCUACGCUCCCAGCUCAUCGUGCUCCUGAAGCACAAGGUGUUUGUGGAGCGUUCCCACCUGGGCCAGCGGCGGCUGAGGCUGAAGGACUUCCGGGAUGCCUACCCCCGCUUCCCCCCCAUCCAGUCCAUCCAUGUGUCCCAGGACGAGCGCGAGUGCAGCGUGGACUUGUCCGAGUUCAUGAACCCCUCACCCUACACCGUGCCGCAGGAAGCGUCUCUGCCCAGAGUGUUCAAGUUGUUCCGGGCCCUGGGCCUGAGGCACCUGGUCGUGGUCGACAACCGUAACCAGGUGGUGGGGCUGGUGACCAGGAAGGACCUCGCCAGGUACCGGCUGGGCCGAGGUGGCCUGGAGGAGCUCUCGCUGGCCCAGACAUGAGUCCCCUGCCGUCCCUGCGCCACUCAGAUCCCCACGCCCCAGCUUCUGGGUGCCCCUGGUCUCGUUGCCCACUCCGGGGGGGAGGCGGCGGUGGUGGGUGAGGGGCCCUCCCAGACACCGCCCCUAUCCUGCCCACCCACCUGGCUGUCCCUGACAUCUUGUUGGGUACCGCUGGGAGCUGGGGACAGGUCUGUGAGGAGAAAGUGUGGGGGUGGGGGUGUCGUGUGCACGUUGUCUAUGUUGGAUGGGUUGUAUGUAUGUGGGUGUAUGUGGGGUGGGGUGGGGUGUAUGCAUGUGGGUUUAUGUGGGGUGGGUCGUGUGCAUGUGUCUGUGAGAGACUGACCUGGGGCCCCCUCUGCUGCUUCUGCCCCUCUGACCUCAGGGCCCAAAGUUCUGUGUGACCCUUAAGACUCUCCUCUAUGACCCCAGGGCCUCCCCCUGUGUGACCCUGUCAGCACCCGAGAUGGCUGUGUGCUGGCUUCCCUGAGGCCACCACUGCGUGGCCCCACCACAGACCCCCUCUCCGGGCCAUGGGGUUGGCUAGGGCCAGCAUGGACAGCCCUGGCUCAGACCGAGGUGACAGCUGGGGGGACCCAUGGGCCCAGGAGGUCCUCAUGACUGCAGAUAGGCUGGACUGCAAUCCCCCCGUGCACCCUCAGCUUGGGCCUGUCACCUGGUUCCCAUCCUCCGAGGGUGAGUCAGAUUUGGUGUCAGUGCCCCCUCCCAAGCCGAGGUGGGCGGGGCUGGACAUUGGGAUCACGGGACUCACAAGACCACCAAGUGGUGGUGAGAAUACAGCCCCCUGCUGGAGGGCAGCAGCGCUGGUCCAAGCUGGCUAGGGACACGAGCCCACCAUCAGGUGGUGCUGGACUCUGGGACUAGGGCUCUGGCCUGUCCUACAGGGCUGGGCAGUGGGCCCGCUCAGUGCAGGCCAGGUGCCUGGACACCCGGUAGGCCUCCACUCCCUGUAAGUCCCCACCCUUCCCGCCGGGGGAGCCUGGAUGGGGGCAGGCCAGAAGCCCAUCACCAGUGUGAUCUCAAGGCCACAGCCUGCAAACCUCGUUUAUCUGUACCCCAGCAACUUUUGUAUGAACAAUGUGUUAGAACAAUAUUUUGGAUAUGUCGCAUUAAACACAAGAAACAA